AUGCCAAUAUCUGAGGAGCGGCCACUGCUCGUGGUUUGUGGUCCCCAGACUGGGCCACCAGACCAAACAUACUUGUCCCGGUUACACUCGCAUCUCACUCAUGAGCCGGACCUUCGCGGGCUUAAACUAGCGGUGACAGAGCUUCCCAUGAUGUGGAAACUGCUCCUGAAGCAUCAGCUGUCUCUGCAUCAGGUACCAGGUGAACGACUCCUGACGAAGCUGGCCGAGUGGGCUACCACUUCGACUUCCGCAAUAGAGGAUGGGUGCACGUCGAACAUGGUCCUGGCUGUAUUAACUGUUAUUUCGCACAUCGUGGAGUAUACAACCUAUCUCAAGUACAAUCUCGACGACGGGGGCGACGGGGACCCGUGUCUACAAAGCGUCCGUAACGGAGGCAUUCAGGGACUAUGCAUUGGAUUUCUUUCCGCCACCGCGUUGGCGUGCGCUCGGAGCACAGAGGAAGUUGUUGAAUAUGGUGUCGUCGCAAUGCGUCUCGCUCUGUGUGUCGGAGCCUGGCUGGACCUCGACCAGGAGCUGUCCCAAGAGCAGGCGAUCUGCGUGAGCGCUCGUUGGCCAUCAAACGCGAGAGGAGAAGAAGUAGUGAAAAGCAUACUUGAGCAGUACCCCCAGACGUAUCUCUCCGUCCGACUGGAGAGCUGUAGUGCCACGAUCACUACUACGAAAUCCGCCGAGCCGGAUUUGAUCCGGGAUUUGACGAACCAAACGGUCCUGGCGAGGCGCUUUGCCUUGCAUGGCCGUUUCCACAGUCCCGCUAACCAGGCGAUAUUCCGAGAGCUGCAAGAGCUAUGCGCACGCACGCCCAUGCUGCGAUUCCCCGAACACAGGCGACCUCUGGUGCCCCUAAGACGGAAUGAUUCAGGAGAGCUCGUCGGUAGUGAUACACCACUUCAUGAGCUGGCGCUGCGCUGUAUCCUGGUGGAAACGGCUGAAUGGCACGCAACAUUGACCGCGUCAAUAUCUGCCGUGAUGCAGCCAGGGCCAGAUGCCCACGCGACGGGAGUCCUUCUCCUUGGUCAACCCGAUUGCGUUCCUGGUUCGCUGCUGGCAAACUCUGGACUGCAUCUUUUCCGUCCAGUGCCGAAGGAAGUGGCUUCUGACAGCAAAAGGGGGCGCACGUACCCGGAGCACUCAAUCGCCGUCGUCGGAGCAGCCUGUAAUUUUGCGGAUGCAGGGAGUUUAGAGGAGUUCUGGGAUGUCAUCCGCGAAAAACGAUCUACCUUUGGGGUACUGCCGGCCUGGCGAUACGAUGGUAGCAGCAGCAGCAACAGCAGCCACCCAGCAGGACACGCUGAAGCUAGGAACGCGCUCAAAGGGAGCUUUAUCAACGCAGCCAACGCAUUCGACCAUACAGCCUUUCAAAAGUCGCCUCGGGAGGCACUUUACAUGGAUCCCCAGCACCGCCUCGCUUUGCAGCUAGCAUAUCAUACCCUUGAGUCGGCCGGCUAUUUCGCUCCGUCCUCGUCCGGCAUAGGAACCGAUGUGGGCUGUUAUCUUGGCCUGUCGUCCUCCGACUACGAGGAUAAUGUUAAUUCCCAUGCCCCGACAGCCUUCUCGUUUGCCGGUACUUCACGGGCAUUUGCGAGUGGACGCAUUAGCCAUUUCUUCGGCUGGAAAGGGCCAUCGAUUGUCAUUGACACGGCUUGUUCGUCCUCUGCCGUCGCCAUCCACACCGCAUGCAAAGCAAUCCAGUUGGGGGAGUGCACAGCAGCAUUAGCAGGCGGGGUGAACUUGAUCACCAGUCCCAAUUCCCAUCACAACCUCGGGGCAGCGACCUUUCUCAGUCCAACAGGCGCGUGUCGGCCAUUUGGCAAGGAUGCUGAUGGCUACUGCAGAGGAGAAGGGGGAGGCUUUGUUCUGCUCAAAAAGCUCGCGUCUGCGAUAGCAGAUCAAGAUCGCAUCCUCGGGGUGUUGGUGGGCUCUGCAGUUAACCACAGCACAGGGACCACCACGAUCACACUGCCAUCGUCUGACUCACAGAUCGAUCUGUACCGCAACGUGAUCCGUGCGGCUGGCAUGCAUCCAGACAACGUGUCGUACGUGGAGGCCCAUGGCACAGGCACGCCGAAAGGUGACCCGGUCGAGAGCCGCAGUAUUCGAGAAGCGUUUGGGGGCCGAUCAAGUCAAAUCCCCCUGCACAUCGGCUCGGUGAAGGGAAAUAUAGGCCAUACGGAGGGAGCAUCGGGGGUGGCCAGUCUCAUCAAAGUGCUGUUGAUGCUACAACACCGGCAGAUCCCGCCACAGGCUAAUUUUGAGACGCUGAACCCAGAUAUUCCCUCCUUGAAGCAAGCGCACUUGGACAUCCCCCGGGAAGCGAAAGUCUGGCAGGGAUGCUUUCGAACAGCGCUUGUCAAUAAUUACGGUGCGGCGGGGACCAACGCAGCCUUGAUGGUCUGCGAGCCACCUCCUCCUAUACUCACCCACGCAAAGCCCACUAAGAAGGAUAAAUGGCUGAAGACGCUGGUCUCAUAUAGGUAUCCGUUCCUCAUCACCUCACACUCUUCCCGGAGCCUAGAUGGGUAUUGUCGGGCUGUGGAUCGCUUCGUCGAAAACACCCAGGGUCACAUUCCGGACGAUGAGCUGCUUCCAAGUAUCGCUUUCCACCUGAGCCAACGAGUCAACCCGAGGCUCUCAUUCCGAAAGGUCUUCUCCGUAGCUUCGCUUGGGGAGUUGAAGGGUUUCCUUCGCAGCCAAGUUUACGAACCCGAGAACAAACUCAAGGUGUCUCGGCCAGUGGUGUUAGUUUUCUCGGGCCAAUCUGGGAAUACAGUUCGCUUCAGUGAGGACAUAUACCGGAGCUCCAGCCUUCUGCGACACCAUCUCGAUCUCUGCGAUCGCAUUGUUCAGUACAUGGGCCUUCGCAGUUUGUUGCCGAGAGUGUUCACAGAGGAGCCUUUUGAGGACUUAGUAGAUCUACACUGCGCUCUGUUUUCGUUGCAGUACACUUGUGCCGCCGCCUGGAUAGAUGCUGGGCUCGAGGUCAAGACUGUCAUAGGUCAUAGCUUCGGCCAAUUGACUGCCCUCUGCGUUGCGGGCGUUCUUAGCGUGUCGGACACGUUGAAGCUCAUCGCCGGCCGGGCUUCCCUGAUACAAAAUAACUGGGGACGUGAACAUGGCACUAUGCUCAGCGUCGAUGCAGAUAUUGGAACCGUGCAAGCCCUGAUGCAGUCCCUUCCUCCAGAGCUAAGGAAGAAGGUAGAAGUAGCUUGCUAUAACACGAACUACAAUCAUGUUCUCAGUGGCGAAGAGGAGGCGAUCAGCAUGAUAGAGGAUCUUGUUCGCUCCAGUCGUUUCCAAUCGCCCCGUCCGGUUUCGCACAAGCGGCUGACCGUCACUCAUGGAUUCCAUUCGCAGUUGGUGGAUUGCAUCAUGGAGGACUACCAGCAGAUCCUCCAGGAGCUGACAUUCCACGAGCCCAUCAUCCCAAUCGAGACCUGCUCUCGAGAGAGCAGCUGGGGUCGAAUUACGCCACACCUGGUCGCGCAACAGUCCCGAGACGCGGUCUACUUUGCCGAUGCCAUUGGGCGGAUUGAGCAGCGACUGGGAUCAUGCACUUGGGUCGAAGCGGGUUCUGGCUCUACGGGCGUAUCUAUGGCUCGUCGUGCCCUGAUGGAUGGGCCAGCGAGCAAUAUCCAUUCCUUUUAUCCGAUGAAACUCCACGGCCCGCAUGCAUUGGCCUCUCUCCGGGACACGACAAUCGGCCUUUGGGGCGAGGGUAUUCCGGUUCAGUUCUGGCUGUACCAUCGCCGUCAAAGCUCUUAUUUCAAACCGCUGGAAUCGUUCCCUCAAUACCACUUCGAACAGUUCCAUCACUGGCUUCCCUAUGCCAAUUCGAGCAAGAGGGGCCAGUCGGAAAGUGACCGCCAUUCAUCGUCGAGCUCACCGACUGCAGCCCCCAAGCUUUUGUCUUUGGUCCAGGAUCAAAGCAACGAAGGUGCGCAGGUUGUGGAGUUUGCCAUUGACCAACGAAGUCAGGAGUACUCUGCGUACGUUAGUGGCAGGACGGUCCUCGGUCAUAUUUUAUGUCCAGCAUCGGUGUACUUCGAAAUAGCCAGCCGUGCCUUAAAUAUCGUUUGCCCCGCGUCUGCACUCCCAUCUCGUGCUCUUAUUAUGCUAGAGAAUGUGAAGCUGCACGCCCCCUUUGGCCUCAACCUUGACCGGCACCUUCGUUUGCAACUACAACGCCAAACAAUAGCAGCAGCAGCAGCAGCAUCUAAGUGGGAUUUUACUGUGACCAGUCACUCUAAAGAUGGUAAUCACCCCAACCACCGUUCCUUCGCCCAAGAACUGGCAUCGGGAACCAUCAUGCGGCAGGAGCAAGGCAAUUCUCUAGAUCACCGGUCCCUGCUGCAGCGGUUAGUAAGCUACGGCUGCUGUCAAGCACUUCAAGAUGACCCUGAAGUGUCCAUAUUGCAAGGAAGCUUUGUGGAUAAGGCGUUGGCUGCAGUGGCGAAUUACCGUAAGGCCUACAGUGGAAUCCGGUCCAUCCGGUGCAAAGGAAGUGAGAUACUUGGCGAUGUUGUUAUGCCCACAAUUAGCACUCCAAACUGCCCGGAGGCUGUCUUCAAUCCACCUGUUCUAGAUAAUUUUAUCCUGGUGGUUGAACUUCAUAUAAACAACAACAUGCAGGAGCUUGCAGACAGUGAUAUGUUUCUCUGCAAAGGUUUCGACGCCGUUCUUCCAUGUACUGGAGAAAGUGACCAAGGGCCCUGGAGGGUCUACGCGAUGCUUAAACGGGAGAGAGAGAAGGAGAUAAUAAGCGAUAUCUUUGUGUUUCAUGCCCAGCGCCGAGCGCUAGUGCUCGCCAUUCUUGGAGCCCAUUUCUCCAAAGUCCCUGUUCGCUCGUUCCAAUGUGUACUUGACCGAGCAAACGGUAGCGCUCAGGCAGACAUGACACCCGAAGAAGGCUUCCCAGUUAAGCUCACGGCUAGUGGUAUUCAAGACAGGCCAUUUAGCCCGACGGUGGACGACCCAGCCACCGCAGAGGAGAAUGGGAGGCCCUUGGUCGUGGAGUCGCUUUUUAGGAACCUUGUCCAUGAGGUCACUGGAACGCAGACAGAAGCAAUCGUUGGCAUGGCAAGUCUCAGACAACUUGGCAUCGAUUCGCUCAACUCGAUCGAGCUGCAGACUGGGAUCAAAAACCUCUUUUCAUUGGAUAUACCCAUCCAACACUACCGUGAGCAGGAUACAACCUUUGCUGCUAUAUUGCAGGAAAUUCACACUCAGAUACGUUGUCGAACAGAUAAUCCCUGUUCAUCGACCAUACGUACACCAGAGUCACUGGAUAUUUCCUGUUCUUCCUCUUCCUCUUCCUCCACUUCUUCUUCCCCCUCAUCCUCCUCUAUCACUGUUACCACUGCAGAAAAUAGCAAGCACUCACAGAAGCAGCUGCAGCAGAAGCUCAUCCUCCAACUAUCUGACCUCAUUGCAGAGCACUUAAACUGCCCCAAAGGGCUCUCCCCCGACACCCCUCUGCGAGACAUGGGAAUGGACUCGUUAGUUGCCAUCGACCUCUCAUUAGCUAUAGAGAAAAUGGUUGGGAAAAGAAUGGAUCUCAAAAUUAACGGCGACCUGUGUCUUUCUGAUCUCCUGGACAUGGCAGUCCUAGAUGAUGCUGCUGGCAACAAGAGAUUGAAUGGCGGCCCUGUCCUGCCAAAUUCUGCUCCGGACAUCGACGUGCAAUGGCAGCCCUCCAGCUUCCCGACUCCGUUCCAUCAGACUGCUCAGAAGGCGUUUUUCCAUUUUCGCCAGACAUACAGCCUAUACGCCCAGGCCGCUGGGUUUGCGGGAUUUUACUCCCAGGUGUACCCCAAGCAGUCUGCUCUGGUGUUGGCAUAUAUCACAGAAGCAUUUCUCGAAUUAGGAUGUGAUUUGGGGCGACUCAAUCCUGGCGAGCCAUUACCAACAAUCGUUUCCAUUCCAAGACAUCAAAAACUGACUGUCCAGUGCUGUCAGCUCUUGGAGGAAGCUGGAUUGAUCACGUCCACAGACAACGCUACGUUCAUUCGGACAAGCAAGCCCCUCCAGCACAUCAAACCGUCUGAGUCGAUUCAUCGGGAAAUUCUUGCUGAGUUUCCUGAUUACAAAUCGGUCCAUGAGCUUCUCCAUCUGACGGCGUCUCGCCUCGCCGACUGUCUCUCGGGCAAAGCCGAUGCGCUGCAGCUGCUCUUCCAUGACCAAGCAGCGAGAGAUUGCCUUGAGACCGUCUACCGGUCUAGUCCCAUGUUUGCUACCGGAAACCGUAUGCUAGGAGCCUUCCUGUCUCAGUUCUUUCUUCUCCCCAUAGUUCCAUCACUCGUGCAAGGCGAAGCACCAAAUCCACCUCUUACCGAAUCCUGGAAAUCGGAGCUGGCACUGGUGCAACAACCGAAUAUGUCCUCGAUCAUUUCCCUGGUCUCUAAGGCCGAGAAGAAAUUCUCCGCCCGCUACGGCAACCGUAUAGAAUUUGCUGUCCUGGAUAUCGAGCAGCAGCAGCCAUCACCACAGCGGAUGAUGGCGUCCUACGACCUCGUCAUCUCAUCCAACUGCAUCCACGCCACCAAGAGCCUACCACGGUCCUGUUCGAAUAUAAACAAGCUGCUCCGGGACGAUGGCAUGCUCUGUCUUCUGGAGCUCACUCGACCGCAGGGCUGGCUUGAUUGUGUUUUCGGGCUUUUAGAAGGCUGGUGGCGGUUUGAGGAUGGUCGGACUCACGUCCUGUCCACUGAGGACGAGUGGAAGCAGGUUCUGAUGGACUCGGGCUUUCAAUAUGUCGAUUGGACCGAUGACGGUUCGUGGGAAUCGAGCCAGUUUCGCUUGUUCAUGGCUUUGAAGCGUUUGAGCAGUGGAGCCAUAUAG